AAGAAGAAGAAGAAAUAGAAGAAAAAAUAGAAGAACUAGAAGAAGAAAUAAAAAAAAAAAGAAACGUCGACGCGUCGUUGGCAGUGAACGACGACGCAACGACGACGACAACGAUAAACAACGGUUAAAAGAAGAAGAAGAAGAAGAAGAAAAAGAAGAAGAAGAAGAAGAAGAAGAAGACACUACCACAAGUUUGUUGAGAUAAUUGACGCUUAUUCUCUUUUCUCAUUGGAUGUUGUUGUCUAUUCCACUUCAAAUCUCAUUUACUUCGAAGGAAAUACGAACUAUUUUCAAGGAUAAAUUAAAUUAUCGUCAAAUCGAGCAUCAAGAGAAGAAGAAAAUAGUGAAAAAAUAAUUUGCUAACAUGCCGAUGGAAUUUUUAGAUCGAAUACCCGUACCCAAUUUAAGAGUUUACACAAGCUUAAGCUUUGCUGUACUCUCUUGUUCUGUUUAUUAUGCUGCCCAAGUCGUAAAGGAUCCAUCAUGGAGAACAAAUCAUACUAGCAUAGUCGAGGGCAUCACCGAUGUAAUCGAAAAUGGCACAACAACUUAUCCAAGAAGUAUUGGUAUGCACUUCAAAGAGUUAAUGGCCUUUAUGGUACAGGAUCCUGGUUGCAUUUGGACAUUGAUAAACAUGGCUUACUGCGUACUGAUACUACUUGGAAAAUCAGUACAAAAGUUAGUCUUUGGUGAACUGAGGGUUUCCGAGAGACAACAUUUAAAAGACAAAUUCUGGAACUUCGUCUUUUACAAAUUUAUAUUCGUUUUUGGCGUACUCAAUGUACAAUACAUGGACGAGGUCGUACUUUGGUGCGCAUGGUUUACCGCUCUUGGAUUUCUUAGCUUGCUCAGUCAACUUUGCAAGGAUCGAUUCGAAUAUUUAUCUUUUUCUCCGACCACACCAGGAUGGAGUCAUGCACGACUUCUUGGACUUUUGGCAGCAAUUCUAGCACUUUCUACAUUUAUGCUCUUGUUGUGCACCGCUGCAGUCUUCUUUUUGGUGACCUUCAAUACUUUCGCCUUUAUGGCAGCAGAGUGUAUAUUAUUGGCAGUCCGUACUAUUCACGUCAUGUUGCGUUAUGUGAUUCACCUGUAUGACACGCGAGGUGCCGGUACAUCUUCUCAACGUUCAUGGGACAAACGUGGACCCUUGACCUAUUACACGGAUUUGACGUCAGAACUGGCUGCAUUGGCUGUUGAUUUCUGUCAUCACAUUCACAUGUUACUUUGGAGCAACAUUUUUCUUAGUAUGGCAUCCUUGGUCAUCUGUAUGCAACUACGUUAUCUGUUUUAUGAGAUCCAACGAAGAAUUACUAAACAUAGGAACUAUCUUGCUGUACUAAGUCACAUGGAACAAAAUUAUCCAAUGGCAACGCAAGACGAAUUGGCAGAUAAUUCAGACAAUUGUGCAAUUUGUUGGGAAAAAAUGGAUUCGGCUCGUAAAUUACCUUGUGGACAUUUGUUCCACAAUUCUUGUCUACAGUCAUGGUUGGAACAGGACACGUCAUGUCCUACAUGUAGGUUGGCACUUAGUAUGCAAGCCAAUCAUAGGGAGAAUUCACCUGAAUUACCGUUAGAACCACAAACCCCAACAAGAAGGAACGAUAAUCAUUUCUUCCAUUUCGAUGGAUCCCGAUAUGUUUCUUGGUUACCAAGUUUUUCUGUUGAAGUCUCUCACAAUCGUGUACGCGGUAAUAUUUUCACCUCGACUCAUAGUAAUUCUCAAAUGGAUGCAAUGGCUAGACAGGUACAACAGCUCUUUCCACACUAUCCGCACAAUGUGAUAUUGGAAGAUCUGAGAAUUACACGAUCUGUCGAAUGGACCAUCGAAAACAUACUAGACGGUGUGUUGACUUUACCUCAUCACUUGAUCGAGGAACCCCAAGCAGAAUUCGUCUCGCAAACGCAAACGUCUACUGUACACAUCGUUCCCACUCCUUCGAUUCAAAACACUUCAGAUCCAAGGCUUGACAUUCCUAUUGCUGAUAGCGGAGAAGAACCAUCCAAUCUUGGCGGACGUUUUUCGAAAUCAUCGAUCGAAAGGGAAUUAAUUCUUCAACGUCGUAAGGAACAUAUGCGUAUGACGGCACGUAGAAAGUAUCUUGAAAAAUAUCGAAAAGAUUCAUUGCCGACAUCAUCGUUUGUAUCAUCACCGUCGUCAUCGACGUCAUCCCCGUCAUCAUUAUCAUCAUUAUCAUCAUUAUCACAAUUAUCAUCACCAUUAUCACUGUCGUCGUCAUUGACAAAUGAAGAAACACCAAUUGUAACAACAACAACAACAUUAUUAACAACGACGACAACUACGACGAUAACGACGACGAGUUUGCAAGAUAAUCGAUACGUUGUUGAUGAAACUAUGUCUUAGAAAACGGGCAAAUUCAUUUAACGGAUAUUUAUCUUUUGAAGAAGCAGGUCAAAGAGAGAUUUGAGGAGAGAUUUAUACUUGACAGAAUGUGAGCUAAACUCUCCUUUAAAAAAAAAGAUAAUAUAUACAACAUAUUAUUAGUUUUGUCUCUCCGAUUGAUGAGAGAUAAAGAAAAAUAAAAAGAAGAGAAAGAGAAAAGAGAGUAAAGGGAGACGAACACACAUACGAAAUGUUAUGAAAUGAAAUGAAAUGAAAUGAAAUGAAACGAAAUGAAAUGAAAUAAAAUGAAAUGAAAAAAGAGACGUGUGUGUAUGAUAGGAUUCUUAGACACACGAUCGAUUGAAAAUUUCCAAAUUGGAUUGAUAUUAAUAGAGUGGUAAUAUAAUAAUAUUUUAUCACCUUAUUGCGA